AGGUUUUGGUUAUUAUUAUUGGUAACGAUAUUAUUGUUGUUGUUGUUGUUGUUGCUUAGCGCUUAGCUAAACAGUUAAUACGAAUCGCUCUGCCCGCAGUAUUCAUUUCAGUUUUUGGCCUAACACUCGCAACUUUGAUGUUCCGUCCCGUCCCGGUCGAACCACUUCAACUUUUAUUCGCUUCCUCCGCCGACGCCGACGACGACGACGCCGCCAGUCGAUAAAUUCCAAAUCAUAUAAAUUGCCAGGCCGCAGUGCCGGGUCUUCAUAGAAUCCAUCGAAACUUUGUCGGUGAUUAGUGGCAGAAGUUUCCUCGAAUAUGCGCACAUUCGUUUGCCUCGCCCUGGCGACCAUUCUUCUGGUCGCCGGCUCCUCAGCAGCCACAUUUGAUCCUGCGGCUCAACUCCUGGCCGUGGAUGCCGGUGUCCAGGCACCAGUGGCAGCACGGCAAGCUCGUCAAUUUGGUGGAUUCGGCUUCGGUCCAGGAGGUGGAUUCGGCGGUGGUCCAGGAGGUGGCUUCGGAGGCGGCGGUUUCGGCGGUGGCCCAGGAGGUGGCUUCGGCGGUGGUCCAGGUGGUGGCUUCGGAGGCGGCGGCUUCGGCGGUGGUCCAGGAGGUGGCUUCGGCGGUGGUCCAGGAGGUGGCUUCGGAGGCGGCGGCUUCGGAGGCCGUCCUGGAGGUGGCUUCGGCGGCGGUUUGGACGCUAAAAGCCAACCAGCAAUCAUCUGUGACUGACUUAGCAUACUUAACCCACUAGAAAUAGAAUGUCUAAUCAAAGUGCAGUCAAGCACGUUCUAAUUAAUUUCCAAAUACAUUCGACCAUGUUCUUUGAUUCACUUAA